CUGCUUGGCACGCCGCCGCCUCUCUUCCCUCCUCCAAGAGCAUCGGCACCGUAGAUCCAAUCCAACAGCCGCCGAGGCGCUGCCCCCUCAACGUCGCCGUCUCGCCGAUCUCCUUUCGUCCCCUGUUCCCGCGAGUUCGGCGACGCGGACCCCCUCCUCUACGUCUGAUCGGACUCGCGAUCCCCGCCGCAGAAAGCUCCGUCGAGGGAGGGAGCAGAACAGCGCGCCAUGGGGCCGUCUCGGCAACGCGGGGGAGCUUUCGACAUCGAGGCAUUGGCACCGGCCAUCGCCGUCGAUCACAACAUCAGGCUCCCCAACUACUUCCGCAUCGCCGACAGCCUCCUCACCAAGGCUAACGUAUAUAGGGAGGAGAAGAACCUCAUCCAGCUGUAUGUUCUUCUCCUGAGAUACUCGAGGCUUGUGUACGAGACUAUUCCAAAGCAUCGCGACUACCGCACUUUCAAGUCAGGAGAAAAGGACUUCUUCAAGAAGAAAUUAUUGGAUGUCAUCGAUGAGCUAGAGUUGCUGAAGCCAGUCGUGCAGCAGAGGAUUGCAGAGCUUGAUGUGGGUGAUAUUACAGAACCUCAUUAUUUAAAUGGAACCUAUGCUGCGAGUUGCAGGAUUGACAAGCAUUCGGCAGACUCAAAUGCACCACAGGAUGUUAUGAGACAUCAAAUGGCAUCAUCACCGAGUGUUAAACCUGUCAGGCAGAUCUGCAAACAAAACAUCGGUCGACCUUAUCCAAAAGAAGAUACGCUAUCCAGGCACUCCAUAUUAGGGCCUGAUGGACUUUCUGGGCAGGGAGUAGGAUCUGUUGUUGCAAUGAAGGUUCAGUAUCCAACUAAUAACGAAAUAACACAAAGUGAUGUGUCUAGUUUACUACCAACUAUCUUGAACCAAGAUAGCUUGAAUUGCGACAAUAAAGCAUUGCUAUAUGGCUCCAGAACUGACAAUGAAAUACGGUUGUCUGUGCCAGUAGAAGAAGAAUUGUACCAAUUGAGUAUCCAACAGCCUUCUUACCCACCAAUGUUGUCACAAGUACAUGUAGAUCGACCAAUAUUUUCCUCAAGAGUUGCUGAUUCAAAACCAGAGUGUGAUAUCUCAGAUAUUGACCAUUAUCGGCGUGUGGAUGUUCCAGAGGAGUUGACAGCAUGUUUCCUGAAGGCUGCUGAGGCAAAUACCAUAAAAACUCUGGAAACAUGUGGGCUUAUUUUUGGUGCGCUGCUCAUGGACCCAGAGGUAGGCGAGCAUUUUAAGGUGACAGCCUUGAUAAUUCCAAAACAGAAAUCAACAAGUGAUACGUGCGAAGCUACAUGUGAAGAAGAAAUACCGGAAGUUAUUCAGAGCAUCGGCUCACCUUACCAGCUUGGUUGGAUUCAUACACAUCCAACACAGGACUGUUUUAUGUCUUCUGUUGAUCUCCAUAAUCAUUAUUCGUAUCAGAAGGAGCUACACGAAGCAUUUGCGAUAGUUCUGGCACCUUCAAAACGAAGCAAAAAAGACCGUGAGAAAAUAUUUCAGCUCACGGAUCCAGGUGGUAUGCGUGCAAUUGGUGAUUGCGCUAAGAGGAGUUUCCAUCCGCAUGACUUGGGAACCUACAAGGAAUGCUCCCACAUAAAGUUGAAGUCUGCUUUAGCUUUUCGUGUUAUUGACCUUCGAUAACGCUGUGUGGGUUAGCACAUUGUAGACUGUACAGGUAGGCCAUAGCUUCUUCCAGUUGACUGGAAGUGUGAUAGCCAUCUACACUACAUUUGAGGCUAGCUUUUCCUGAAGUGGUGGUAUAUAUACAAAGGGCAUUGCAGAUGUGUGCCAUGCGAGCGAUUUGGUUCCAUGGAUCUUGUGUAGAGUUCUUCUAAAGACACCUUGGUUUGCUUUUGGUGGGAAAAUGUAAAUUGUCUGUACAACUGAAUCAUAUGUCUUAAGUGCGGGUUGAAGGAGUUUUGCAUGUC